UACCUUUUAUUUAAAAUAUUCAUUAAUAUUCAUUUAGUUUCGGGGUCAACUUUUCCGGAACAUUAGUUAGAUUUGGUUUUGUAAAGUCUGCUACUUUCUACUUUCGAUUUUAGAUUACUCAUCGAAACAACAACAAACCAUCAACCAAAUGAAACGUGUUAUAAAGUAAAUGUUGCAAUAGAUGGAUCGUUUUAAAAGUCACUAGUGUAUUCUUUGAGUGGAUGACAGAAUUUCUAAGCAUGAACAUCUUCCAAGCUGUUAUUCGACCUUUCCAAACACAGACGUCUCAGACGGGCGUGACCAAUCAGCAAACAGCAGGGGCAUCCGACAGAGAGGAGGACGGGUUCCUGGUGGUAGCUGAAACAGAGAGUGAAAGAACCACCGUGUACGCCAGUGAUUUCACUGGAGAUACCCCACCAGAUUAUAACCAGGUUGGACACCCAAAGUAUCCUCUGCCUACCUACAUGGACUAUAUGGAGAGGAGUGCCAGCCAAACUUUCCAGCAAGAAUCUACUAUGAGCUAUAAUACAAUACCCCUAUCUAGCCACACCGAGAUCAGUGGAGUACCUUUUGACGUUGCUCCAGAGUUACAAGUUAUCUUUGACAUGCACCAAUCAGUCUCAAAUGGUUAUUCUUCCAUCCAAAGCAGUGAUAUUGAUGCCUGUAGAUUUACUUACGAUUUUUCACUGGAAGAGAAAGUGCUACGUGAUGCCCAGUCUAUAGAAAUGAGAUAGACAUGACACUUUCUGAAGUGACAGUAGUGUGAAACUGUAUUCUAAAUAUCAUGCAGGUGAAAUUCAUUUAUCAACCUAUUUGAUCGUUAGUUUCAUGCAGUGUUACACAAAAGUGUAAUGUUAACCCAUGAAACUUUUUUCACAUCUGGGAUUAUGUGCAAGUUUUGUUUAUUUUUGGUUAUUUAUUCAUAUUGGCAAUGGCAUAUCACAUAUAUCAGGUAUUAGUACUACAUGUAUAUUAGUCUAUUUAUUUAUAUUUAUCAUUAUGUACAUGUAACUCCAAAUAUGUCUGUAAAUUAAAGUAUUUCAUUAUUAUACAAAUAUUGACUGAGGUUGAGGGCAACAUUAAAUAUAUUAGCCCCCGAGGGACGAAAUAUUGCCCGACAAGAAGCGGAGGGCAAUAUUUUUGUCACAAGGGAGCUAAUAUAAUCAAUGUUGCCCAAAAACACAGUCAACAUUUGUUUUGUAAUAUGAAGAAACAGACCAAAAUUUAAGAAAGAAAUUGAAAACAGAUCGCCGUAAUUUUUUCAGCUCAACAUAGAAUUCAUGAAUUCAAUUUUGUGCAAAGUUCAUUUCCAUAAUAUCCUCAGCAUCAAACGGUCAGUGGUGAUAUUCCACCGCCAGUAAGAAUUAAGUUACAGAUGUUCUACCUGAUUUUACUUCAAAGUAACUUGCAAAUCCUUAUUUCCGUUAUGAUAGCAAACCGUCGCAUUGUGCUUUCGUGGUUUACUUGCCUUGACUGAUUGCUUAUAAUGACGUCACCUUGUUUUGGAGUCGCGAAGAGUUAUUUACGUUACCGUUUACGAAUCAACAAAUCAGAAGCGAUUACUUGAAAUAGAGGGAAUAUUCUCUAGAUAUUAUUCCUAGCCGGUCAAUAUUUAAAAAAAUAUUGACCAGUCAAUAUUUUUUGGAGAAGGUUAUAUCACAUUUAUUGACUAUUCGUCUGUAAGAUUUAUAUAGUGAGAAUAUACUACUGAAUAUAACAAUUAUAAUUAUUAUUAUAUCUGCUCUAACAUGGUUAUGGAAUAUUGCCCACUUCUACAUGUAUUUGAUAUGUUAACUACAACCCAUUCCGUGUGAUUUGAUUUAAUAUAACUAUGUAUUUUAUGCUAUUGUGACAUACAUGAAGUGACAUUUCAGCAAUAUUUGUUCCAAACAACAUGGAAUAGUUUCAUAUUUCAAGAACUUUUGCAUUGUUUAAUGAAAAUAUAUGUAGAUAUAUUUCAUAUGUUGGAAAUACAUUUUUAUACCCAGAACAUGAUUCAUGCGUAUUACUGGUAUGUACAUGCACUUGGAUAUCUGCCCUCCUUCUGUUUGAAAAGAUGUUGCAAGAAAUAAAAUUUUUAAUUUUUUAGUCAUCAGAAUCUCAACUUUGGAUACCAAAGUUAUGACAUUUGAGCAA